AGAUAUCCCAUAACCAAAGCCCUAUCGUAAAGUAAACCCCACUAAAAACCCUUCAUCCCCGUCUACCCCGUGAGCAAGCCGUCGAUUUUUCUUGGUUCCUACUCUGAACUCCGAAGUAGUAUUGCAGGAAAUAUAAAAUGGCCAAGAAAUUGGGGAUGAAGGCAAGAAAGUUUGCAAAGAAGAAUCUUCCAGCCGUGCACAAGAGAAGACGCAAAUUGAAGUCUACAUUUAAGAAGAGAAAUUCUAAGGGAAAUGACCGGCUUGUCACUGAAGAUCCAGAAGGGAACAAGGAGCUGCCAUCUAAUGGAAGACUCUUUGAAGAUGAUAAUCUAGAGGAGACUUCCCUUGAUGCAAUAUUCAGUGAACAUGACAGUGAGGAAAUCCAAGAUGAUUCAGGCAGUGAUGGAUAUCUUUCCCAGGACUCCUGCUGUACGAAUAUCUCCGAAAACAAUUUCAAGGGUUAUGAAGAAGGCAGCAUCGUUGGAAAUGCUUCAUCUAUGCAGAUUAGGGAAAUUCAUUUGGAACUUGCAAAGAAAAAGAAAAAAUUGGAGAAAUUGAAAGAAAAGGAUCCAGACUUCUCUCAGUUCCUAGAAAGCUACAACGAGACGCGUAAGGCAUCCAAAAAUGAGGAGGCUCAGUAUUCAGAUGAAGAUGUGACAAGUGAUGAUGGUAUGCAGCUGGCAGAUGAAGACAUAUCAAAUUUGAUAAAGGGCAAGCUGUUGACAAGAUCUGUCAUUAGUUCUUUGUGUCAACUAGUUAGAGAGCAGCAUAGUGUAUCUGCUUUUACUAGCCUGUUAAAUGGGUAUCGGUAUGCCUGCCAUUAUGGUAGUGAUUCAACAGACGUCGAUGAUCUUGAUUCAUCCUGGAGAAUUGAAGACGCUGAAACUUUGUGCAAGAUUUUGUCAUUUGUACUCUAUGAGGCUGAUAAAAUAUUCAGGGAGCUACUGGGAGUGUCAUGUUCAAAUUGCAGGAAGGAAGCCAUUUUGGAGUUGAAAAAUUCUUCAAAAUGGAAAUCUUUAAAACCACUGGUGAAGACUUAUUUGAGAAGUACCUUGUUUCUUGUAACUCAGUUUACUGACUCUAAGAUACUGGCAUUUGCCAUAUCCCGAAUCAGAACCUCUGUAGUAUUCUUCGCUCCCUUUCCUACUUUACUACGCAGACUCGUCAAGAUUGUGAUUCAUCUGUGGGCAACAGGUGAAAGGGAUCUAUCAUCAAACUCAAUUCUAAUCCUACAAGAUGUGGCAUCUGUGUUUAGCUCGGAUUACUUUGACACUUGCUUGAUCAAAACAUAUAAAGCCUUCAUUGCUCACUGCAAAUUUGCAGAGCCAUCUUUGUUUGAACAUUUGCAAUUUCUGAGGAAUUCUUUUGUUGAGCUAUGUUCUCAAGAUGUGCACAAGUCAUCUACUACAGCAAUUGCUUCUAUCCGACAUCUUGCCAAAAUUCUACAGCUAGGAUUACGAACAAAGAAUGAGGAAGCUGUUAAGAGGAUAUGCAGUUGGCAGUACAUGAACUGCGUUGAUCUCUGGGUCACGUUUAUAUCCGUAAAUGUUAAUGAUUAUGAUCUUCAACCACUGCUUUAUAUGGUUAUUCAAAUAAUUAAUGGGGUUGCUCUUCUGUUCCCGGGUCCAAGAUAUUUGCCUAUGAGAAUAAAAUGCGUUCAAUGGCUGAAUCAACUCUCAAACUCUAGUGGAAUUUUCAUUCCCGUUGCAUCAUUUGUGUUGGAAAUAUUGGAGUAUAGCAUUGGCAAGGAUGGUGGGAAACCUGGAAAGAACUUGAACUUUUCAUCUGUUGUUCAGUUGCCAAAACAUUGGCUGAAAUCUCGCAACUUCCAAGAUUUGUGUGUCUUUUCUGCCCUUGAACUACUCUCGGCGCACUUUGCAAAGUGGAGCUCCCACAUAUCUUUUCCUGAGCUGGCAACUAUAACGCUUAUCCGCCUGAGAAAGUUUGAUGAGAUUACUGAUUCAGAGCGUUUUCGGCGAGUUGUGAAGCGUUUCAUUGAUCAGGUGGAGCAGAACAUUGAGUAUGUGCGGAAGAAGAGAGAUGAGGUGGCUUUUUCUCCAAAUGAUCAGCAAUCUGCUGACUCAUUUCUUCAGCCUGAAAAGUUCAGUGGCAGUACACAAUUUAUGCAGUACUAUAGAAACGUAAUGGAAAAUGCCUCUUCUAGGAAUCUGGGUAUUAAAGAAAAGACAAGUUUCCCUGUGGAGAGGAAAUCAAAAAAGAGACGAGAACCAAUAUUAUAGACGCUCGUGUUAAUAUUGGACAGCCAGCUUCAAAUAAAAGUAGAUAAAUCUGUUGAUGAUGAAAUAGUGAGAUUGGGAUCUUUGAAGGAAAGAGAAGCUCCUGGAUGAAUGUUGCAUGCCUUCUCAUUUUCAUGCUCUGUAAGGUCCAACAAACCGUAUUGUUUGUUUAGUGUUUUAUCAUUAUUUCAUAGCAAGUUGACUAUCGGUUUCCCUUAGACUUUUUUCUUUUUAAUAAUAUUUUAGUUACAAACAGAGAUGCCAAUUUUGUUGAAAUAGGCAUAUAUAUCAGAUCAGUUGAUCUUGUGUGUUGAUAUUUUAUGUUUAGUUUAAUGGAUUAAGGCAUUUGAUAUUUGUAAAGGAUUUUGUUUGUUCAAUUAAUGUUUUUUAUUUUGAGGAUU